CCUGUUGUGUAUCAUAAUACGCGUGCACGCGGGUUUACGGGGUUAGCGUGCGUCGACCGACCGAUCACUCAAUGCACCUUCUUCUUCGCGUCUUCUGCGUCGGUACGCCAAGACCGAAAGUAUCCCUGCGAUACUAAAUAGCAGGUAGGCGCGCGCGCGCGCGCGCGCCGGCGGCCGGGCUGGCUGCGCGAUCGGACGAUCGAUCUAUCGAUGAUCGCAGCGAUGCAGUGACGAGUGCGCGUGCUCCGAGUGAUUACGGAUAUUAAGUCGCGCGCAAAGAAGCCCGAUAAUAUUAUCACAGGAGAGUGUCCUCCGAGUGCCUGACCGGGAUUAAUCAAUCGACGAGAUGCACACGCUCUUCGGCGAACAGAACGCGUACUAUCGGCACCCGACGGCGGUGCCGGUGGGCAUGGGCACGCCGUCGUACCCUGGUGCCGCGCCCGGCUACUACGAUCAGUAUCGCUACGGCGGCUACGCGACGGCCGCGGGUUACCCGGUCUCGGGUAUCGGCCAGCAGCACAUCCAUCACGCCGGCAAGGACAUGGUGAAGCCGCCCUAUUCGUACAUCGCGCUCAUCGCGAUGGCGAUUCAGAACGCGCCCGACAAGAAGAUCACGCUCAACGGUAUCUACCAGUUCAUCAUGGAGCGCUUCCCCUAUUAUCGCGAGAACAAGCAGGGCUGGCAGAACUCCAUUCGGCACAACCUCAGCCUGAACGAGUGCUUCGUCAAGGUGCCGCGGGACGACAAGAAACCCGGCAAGGGUAGCUACUGGUCCCUCGACCCCGACAGCUACAACAUGUUCGACAACGGCUCGUACCUGAGGCGACGGCGACGCUUCAAGAAGAAGGACGCGCUGAAGGAGAAGGAGGAGGCGAUGAAGCGGCAGGGCCUGGUGGGCGAGAAGCGCGAGCAGGAGCACGGCAAAUCCGGCGGGCCGCCGUCGACGGACGCUCCGAAGAAGCUCGGCUCCCUCGAGACCACCGCCCUGUGCAAACCGAAGCGCGAGCCGGUCAACGAUCACGCCGCCGCCGGCAAUCACUGCAUGGCGGUGCAAGCCAAGUACGGGUUGCACAGUCCGAUACAGCCGGAGAGCAAAGCCACCGGUCAGAGCGUCAUUCAGACCGUUCUCGGCCAUCAGGCGCACCAGGUGCACCAAGAGCCCAUACAGGACGUGUCGAUGGGCCUGGACCCGACCAGCUUCAGCGUCGACGCUCUCAUGACCACGCGGGAGAACACCGGGCUGAUGACUCGGGACAAUCAGCAUCACCCGCACGCUCUCCAGCACCCUCACUCCAUCAUGAGCGGCAGCAGCAGGGAGUCGAUGGUCAGUUCCGGCAGCAGAGACCUGUCCUCCGUCUGCACCACCACAACCACCACCACGGCCGCGGUCGCUGCGAUGAUGGCCACCACGGGCUACGGACACUCGAGCAGCGUCUCCAGGGGCAACGCUUCGCCGCCCGGCACCAUGUACGCGCCGUAUUGCACGCCGACCGCCGGAUACAUCAUGGACCAUGCCGAGUAUAAUUCGAGGAACCACAACAACGCGGUCGGCCACUCGCAGUGGUACCAAGACGCCGCCAGCCCCGACACGGCCAUCUACCAGGACACCCAGUCCCCGAGCUGCCAGCUUUAUAGAUCCAGUCCGCCGACGCCGCUUUCGACGGGCGCGGCACCGUCCCCGCCGCUGUACCAUAGAUACUACCAAGACUGCAACGCCGUCAACACCAGUGGCAAUCUACCAAUCACAUUGCACAAGUACUGAGAAUAUCGAAAUUCAAGGUCCCAUCAGCGGGACCUUGAAGAACCUCACGGCGAUCACUACGACCCGAGCUUGGUUUACGUGAAGCAGGAAUGGAUCCCUUCGACGGACGAGCUCGCCAAGGAGUGGAACUAAACACAUCCGGUAACCACCGUCGUGGACUCGCCUUGCGGAAAAUCCUCGGUAGAUUGACGAGUUUAGUUGCACGAAGGGUACAACUAUCGAGAUUUCCCGGCGAGGUACGCCACUUCUUCACUGGGAGUGACGAUACGUGCAACGAUCCAAUUUCUGUACAUAUUUCAGCCAAAUGGCUGUUUUUGUGAUUGUUAGUGAUUACGGAGAUUGGCAGGGUAAUGUACCAAUUCAAUGAUUCGAUAGUCCGUAUACAGACAGGAAGUCGUUUCUACCGUGAAAAUAGUAUACGCGCGAAUCGCAGUUUCCUUCUCCGAGCGAGGAAGAGAGGGAUGAUUCACCGCUCUCGAUCAACAACAUCGUAAAUUCCAGAUCCUCCUUAUCUUACUCUCGAAUUGAAUGAAUGAGAGAGAGAAGUCUCGAGGAAAUAUAUAAAUUUCAACACGAUCGUUUUCACCUGCGCAAAUAUCGCGCGAGUCUGUCACUGACCUACGUGAACUUUUUUUCGGCCAUCGUUUUCGGGCGCAUCUGUGCAAACCGUCGUAAAUUGCACGCGAAAAUAUCGGCGCGUCUCUGUUUGCCAAUCGUCUGCUUCCGACCGGUAUAUAUAAGGACGAAUCAAAGUCGUCGUCGCGUCGAUCGUCCAGAUGAGAUUUUUCACGGCGUUUCACGAUGCGCGGCAGAGGAGUCGGCGAAAAUAUGUUUUCGCUAUCCUUGGAAACGCGUGAAAAAAUCAUUGUUUGUUCGCGCGCUAUCGACGGCGUGCGUUUCAGCAUUUCCCGAUCGAAGUGCUCUUUUCGCGGCGGUCAUUAUGCCGUGUCUUCGAAUUUUCCUUAUUUAACGCGACGUCGUGUAUAUGUAUAUAGCGAGUAAGCGAGCUGCUUGGGGAAUAAACGGAUGUUUUAUUCAUUCAGAUUGUUAAAUAGAGCCGGUUUGGCCUUUUAAUAACAGCGUGUCGCAAUCGUGUCCCCGUAAUAGCGAAACUCACGUGAUCGUUUCUAUACAUAGCAGGCAAUAAUAUUUAUUUAAAAAAUUACUUUAGGACGUUAUGAGCGACUCGGUAAGACACGUUUGUGCGUUGUUUCCGUAUAUUGAUCGCAAAUUGCUUCAAGCAAGGAAGAAGCGGCUUUCAUCGGUAAACGGUGGCAUUUUCAACGUUACGACUUUCAAGCGUCUCGGUAGUGGCGCGAUAGUAAAAUUUAUCUAAUAAUAUGUGUGUGUGAGGGUAUGUGUGUAUGUGUGUGCGCGCGCGCACACAUUAUGAGAGAGGCGACUGUGUUCUCGAGUUUUGAGUGUCGACGGCCGUAAAUUUGCGCCACUUUAGUUUUUCCGUCUCUGAAGAUGACGUGGAAAAGAUCGGGAGGAUUUCACAGGACGACAGUUUGUCGGUGAGACAUUACGCAAGGGAGAUACGUAAAAAAAAUGUUGUAAAAAGGAGUAAUAAUUUUAGCGAUUAAUGGGUUAUCGUGCUUUCUUUGCACUUUCUCCUCGUGCAUUUAUCCGUCGUUAUCGUGUCGUUCCUCGCGCCGGGGAUUCGCGGCGUUCUCGUCUCGAGAAAGCUGAGAUAAUAUAUAUAUACAUAUAUAUAUAUAUAUAUAUAUUUAUCGAUCAUAAACGGAUCAUGUGAAUAAUUAGCGUUUAAUGCCAAUCGAUCGUAACGUAUGUAGGUGAACAGA